GACAUCACAAACUCACCAUCGAAAAUGCAGCACCGCGAUUCAGCAAAAGUUUUGGCUCCUAUUUCAGACUUUAAAAGAAGUCUUCACCUCACUGCGUUGCUGAAGGAUGGUUCCCUGAGAGAGGCCUACGCAGCAGCCAUGACGGACGGUCAGUUACCGAUCAACCGAGCCCGGGUCCUGAUACUCGGGGAGCCUCGUGCCGGUAAAACCAGUCUUCUGAACCGGCUCAUAGGAAGGGAGUUCGACACCCGGGAACAGCCGACUGAGGGGAUUGAGACGCGCAUGUGUCACGUGACCAAAGUGGACAAACAGUGGAACGAAUCCAAAGGCGCCAAGGCAGAUGACAUACAGCAAUGUGCCUCAGUGGUGACUGUCCUUGGUGAAGUGUCGUCGGCUAGUAAAGCAACUACACUCGGAUCCCAGAGAGUGAAUGCAUCGAGCAAGAACGACCCCACAAAAUCGAACACGUUGCUUGAGUUAAUGAAAAUGGGCCUGCAGCUUUUUUGUUUAUUCGUAGUUGUGUUUGGAUUUGGUAUGCUGAAGUACGGGUAUACAGCAUUUGUAUGGUGCAUAUUCGCAGCACUUAUUUUGAUGCACAACUACAACUUCGCCUAUCGGUUCGCAACGUAUAUAUCUUUGUUCUGCGUUCUCUUCGACGCAAUAAUUAGACGAGAUGGUGUGAUAGAAGCUUCGAGCUGUCAGGAGGGCAUAGGUGAUGGGAUUGUAAACCAGACGGUUUGGUCUACUAUGCAGAGCAUGGUGUUGGAUACGAUAAAUACCGUAAUGUUGGGUGCAGCCAUUGGUUUCGGUUGUCGUACAGGUGUCGCCGUUGCCUUCUCGGCGAGUCUUCAUCCAGAAGAGAUUAAGGCGACUCGGGAAGCUGCUGCUGAGAGUCCCAUUAUCUCCUGGGACAUGCUUGUGGUGGUUGUGAUAUCAAGUGCAGGAGUACUUCUUGGCAUUGGAUGCUACUCUAUUUGUACAUUCAAUGACAGGUGGCAUAAAUACAGAACUGCUACGUGCUGUGGCUUCCUGGCGUGGAUACUUGCACUGAGCCUCAAAGGAGACUGCAGAAACAGACGCUACUGGUUCCUGUUUCUGAACGGAAUUACGAUGUCAAUCCAAGCGACAUGGGGGACUAUUGUUGGUCGGAGAGUUUCCCAUAGAUAUGGAGUUACAGCUAAUUACGUAUCGAAAAAGACUGUGGGCUUCAUAUUAGGCCUGUACUUAGCAUACGUCUAUGGCUGGACCACGAAGAUACCGAACGCCACUUUGCCGUCUGUAACAUUGUAUCUUAUUUCCAUUUUGGCACAUCCCUUGUUUGAUCUUCACAACACCUAUAAGGUAUGGCGAGAAAAGUCAACCUUCCCCGUUAAACUUAUCCGUGAGCAGAUGAAAGCGGUACUCCAACGACAACCGAUCUUAGAGACCAAGCUGAGUUUAUGGGACUUUGCUGGGGACACUCUAUACCACUGCACCCAUCACGUCUUUAUGCCGGACAGAGCUCUGUAUGUGAUCGUCUUCAACCUACACGCCGCUGUUUCUGACGAAGAUGGACAACUGCAGAAACUUCUCUUCUGGCUACAUUCAGUCUGUGCGCAUGCGCGUCACCCAGAUGCUGUUAUCAUCAUUGUCGGUACUCACAAGGCAAGCGUCCCUGAAGCCCAUAGGUUACGUUUUACUGAAGAACUUCACCGUAGAAUCACAUCUCCUUUCUGCCAUCGGCUGGUUCUAAACCCUCUCGAUGACAAGCCGCUGUUUCUCGUCGAGAAUUCCCAACCUGUUGAUGAUGACUUCAAGCAGUUGAGAGCAGAAAUAUUCAGACGGGUCGAGAGCGCUGAAUACGCUCAGGAAAGAUAUCCCAUCAAGUACCUGCACUUCUAUCGCGAGAUCCAGAAUCGUCGAAAACUGGCAGAGACGGAGUGUGCUGCUUGCGUGAUGUCCCUCGACCAAAUCCGAGACACUGCCAGAGAUACUUGUGAUGUGACAAGCCAAGACGACUUGAAGAACAUGCUGCGAUUUUUUGGCGAGGCUGGAGAAAUCAUCCAUAAAGAUGACGACGACAUCUUACGACAACAUGUCGUGUUGGACCCCCAGUUCUUAGUUGAUGUCAUGAAGAAACUCGUGCGAAUCCCGCGUGGCUGUAAAAGGUCGCAUCGAUUUGCUGUGAAUUGGAGAGAUUACGAAAGCAGUGGAAUCAUCAACGAGGGUCUUCUACAACAUAUUUACGGAGACAUGCUUCAUCUUGUGCCACUUCUGACCAAGCUUCUGCAGGCCUACGACCUCAUGUGUCCGGUGGCGUCUGUCUUCAAUCCAAACUGCUCCCAGAAGUCUUUCUUGGUGCCUGCCAUGCUGCCUCCUUACCGAGGUGAAUUGGUGGAGUUUUGGAAUCCCCAAAGUAACGAGGAGGCCUUUUAUUUCGACUUUGGUUUCUUUGAUCCCAGCACCGUCUAUUACCGUCUGCUGACCCGCUGUCUAACCAGGGCCUGUUUUGAUCAGAAGCCAAGCCCAAGCUCCAGACCGUUGAUCUUCGCGGAUCGCAGCCGGUUCCACAUCGGAGCAAACUUCAUCCUCAAGCUCCAGUUGGAGAGAUCCUGCCACCGGAUGCUUUUGUCAGUCACCAUCUUGGCAUUUGAACCGAAGAUGCCAAGCACACAACUUCUGAAGGAGCUUUUUGACUAUGUCGGGAGCAUAACCAACAGGGACUAUCCACAGUUGUGCUUCGAAUUCGGUCCUCGCUGUCCUUUCUGUGCACGUGAAGUCCACUCAGGCAAUUCAAGCGAGGACCUCUCCAAAGACACACGUGGAAACAACAAUAGCGACCAAACGAAAUUCCACGUGCUAAAAAUGGCCGGGCAUGACCAGCCGUUCCCGAUAGAAUCACCGGUACCUCUGUUCUGCGGUCAACAGAGAUACGAGCUGAAGCUGCCUACAAGUAAUCCCAGCGAAGCUAACAGCAGUUUUUCGGCCCUUCCUAUGACGAUCUCAUUUGGCCCGGGGACCCCCAUCACCAAGCUACCGCCAGACCUCUUUGAGAGGGUGUGCUCACUUCUGAACAACAUGUCAGUCUUUAGUAACUGGAAAGCUCUGGCAGGCGAGUUGGGUAAAGACGUGGAGUCUGUAGCAUUGUUGGACAGCCAGCAGAUAACCAACCCGACCGAGUGUCUGCUGCGAGAGUGGGCGAUGGUUGACAGUCACGUGACGGUCAGCGACUUGCUGGAAGUCCUCGGUAGACCGUCGAUUCAGCGGAUGGAUGUCAUACAAGAAAUACGAGAACAAAUGGCACAAGACUGA